AGGCUUCGCUCGCCUUCUCCCCGCCCCCUGUACCCAUCUUGUCCAAUCAGAUACUCACUUCCCUAUUUAUUCGGCAUUUCAUUGGCUCUACUGUUGCUAAGCGACACGUCUGGAGGUCACGUCCCUUCUAGACCACGCCUAUCCCUAAAUUCAAUCAAUCAGCUCUUCGGGUUCAGGAAUUAGACCCCGCCCUUCUGUCACGGAAGGCCCCGCCCUUUCUAUUGUUGGUGCGCGCUGAUUGGGCCGGGUGGUUGUCGGUCACCGCGUCUUUCCUCCGUUCUCCUUCUAACGGUCCCGGCUGUCAGAGGAGGAAACAUGGCAGCCGGCGGCGAGGGCAUCAUGCGGAGGUGGAUCCGGGGCUUCGGGCUGCUCUAUCUGUGUAUCCGGGGCCCUCGGCUCUAUCGGGUUUACCGGGUAAACGGGCGGGCGGCGAUCGGGAGAGGCCGGCCCCUGCAGGAAGGAGACGCGGAGAGCUCCUGGGAAUCGUUUUAUCAACCAAAAGCUUUGGAGAAACACACGGACAGCAUCCUGGCAUGGGUAUCUGUCCUGUGGACCAUUUCUUACUACUCCUCCCCCCUCACUGCCUUCUAUAUGUACAGAAAAGGGUAUAUAACCGCGACCCGGCUGAUACCUCUAACACAGUACGGCUUAACCCUUAUGUUCCUGCUGGCGGGAAUAGCAUGUUUGCGAGGUUUGGGCCGAUGGAGCAAUCCCCAGUAUAUUCAGUUCAUCAGCAUUUUACAGAGAACCAAAAUGGAUGAUUGUCCAGAGAACAAGAAAUCGCUCUCCAAUUUCAACUUUGACUUCCGCAGUUGGCCAGUGGAUUUCCGAUGGGAUGAAACCAGCAGUAAAGAUCACGAGAAGACGAGACUGUCCGGAGGGGUAUCGCUCCUGAAGGCCGAACCCCGGACACGAGGCGCAGCUGACGGCUUCCUACAACGGGUGCAGAAGUUGCCUUGUCAGAUAACCAGUUACGUUGUAGCGCACUCGUUCGGCAGGCGGAUGCUGUACCCAGGCUCUGUGUACCUCCUACAGAAGGCGCUCAUGCCUAUGUUACUACAGGGACAGGCCCGCCUUGUAGAAGAAUAUAAUGGAAAGCGAGCCAAGCUGCUGGCAUGUGACGGGAACGAGAUUGACACCAUGUUUGUAGACCGUAGAAGCGGCGGUGAACGUAACGGGUCAAAGCUGGUUAUCUGCUGUGAGGGUAACGCUGGCUUCUACGAGGUCGGCUGCAUUUCCACUCCACUUGAAGCUGGUUAUUCUGUCCUUGGUUGGAAUCAUCCUGGAUUUGCGGGAAGUACGGGUGUCCCUUUUCCUCAAAACGAAGCAAACGCCAUGGAUGCGGUGGUGCAGUAUGCGGUGUACCAACUCGGCUUCAAGCUGCAAGACAUCAUUGUGUACGCCUGGUCUAUCGGGGGCUUCACAGCCACGUGGGCCGCCAUGUCCUAUCCUGACGUCAGCGCUGUUGUCCUUGAUGCCUCCUUCGAUGACCUUGUUCCUCUUGCCUUGAAAGUGAUGCCAGAAAGUUGGAGAGGACUCGUAACCAGGACUGUUCGGAAGUAUCUAAACCUCAACAAUGCGGAGCAGCUCUGCAGGUAUCAGGGUCCCGUAUUACUGAUCAGAAGAACAAAGGAUGAAAUCAUCACAACCACAAAUCCAGAGGACAUCGCAUCCAAUCGAGGGAAUGACCUCCUCCUCUGUCUGUUACAGCAUCGUUACCCCAAUGUGAUGACCGAGGAGGGCAGGAGGGCCGUGAAACUGUGGCUGUCGGCCAGCACUCCAGAAGAAGAAGCCUCUGUACUAAGUCACUAUGGGGUAGAGGAGGACUGGUGUCUGUCUGUCCUAGAGUCGUAUAAAGCUGAGAAUUUGGGACAAUAUCCAUGGACUGUAGGAGAAGAAAUGAGUAUGGAAGGAAGGCAGCAGCUGGCUCUAUACCUUGCACAGAAGUAUCUAAGCAGCUUUGAAGCUACACACUGUACCCCCCUUCCAGCCAGCGCCUUCCAGAUGCCCUGGAGUAUAUAGCCCCAGGAUUUAACCCUUGGAUGUGACACUGCUGCCUCUGGUUUAGAUGAACCUGCUGUAACCUUCCCUCCAUCCCCUAAUCUGUGACUGGCAGCUAAUACAGACGGGAGAGACAAGGCCGCCUUCCUAUCAGCUCUCAUACCUCUCGGGACUACUUUUUUUCCUUUU